GGUUUUCCUGGAGAAGAAGCAAACUUUGAACCUCCGUCGUCAGGAAAAAAAAAGAGAAAACAGAUCGGAGGAGGAAGUAGACAUAUCCCCGGAGAGAGAGAGUCACAGAUUAACUAGCUAGUAAGCAAUGGAUGUGAUAAAGACGCAACAGAUAUCAGCGAGAACCAUCGAGAAGGUUGUCGUUCAUCCACUCGUCUUGCUUAGCAUCGUCGACCAUUACAACCGCGUCGCCAAGGACUCUCGCAAGCGCGUCGUCGGCGUUCUUCUAGGGAGCAGUUCCCGUGGUGUCGUCGACGUCACCAACAGCUACGCAGUGCCAUUUGAGGAAGAUGACAAAGACCCAAGUAUCUGGUUUCUUGAUCACAACUACCAUGAGUCAAUGUUCCACAUGUUCAAGAGAAUUAAUGCGAAGGAGCAUGUUGUAGGUUGGUACAGCACAGGCCCUAAACUACGAGAGAAUGAUUUGGACGUUCAUGCGCUCUUCAGUGGAUAUGUUCCAAAUCCAGUGCUAGUCAUUAUUGAUGUCCAGCCUAAAGAACUGGGAAUCCCCACUAAAGCUUACUAUGCAGUUGAGGAGGUCAAGGAGAAUGCUACUCAGAAAAGCCAGAAAGUCUUCGUUCAUGUAUCUACAGAAAUUGCUGCUCAUGAAGUCGAGGAAAUCGGCGUGGAACAUUUGCUGAGGGAUGUGAAAGACACAACUAUCAGUACCCUGGCGACUGAGGUUACUGCCAAACUUACUGCUUUGAAGGGGCUGGACGCACGUCUUCGGGAGAUCCGGAGUUACCUUGACCUUGUAAUUGAAGGAAAGCUCCCUCUUAAUCAUGAGAUUUUAUACCAUCUGCAGGAUGUCUUCAACUUGCUUCCAAACCUGAAUGUGAACGAGUUAGUCAAGGCCUUCUCAGUGAAAACAAAUGACAUGAUGCUCGUUAUCUAUCUAUCGUCCCUCAUCAGGAGUGUAAUUGCGCUUCAUAACUUGAUAAACAACAAGUUGCUGAACAAGGAACAUGAAAAGGCAGAGGACUCAAAGCCCGUGGCCAUACCUAUCACCAGCUAAACGGCGCUGAUCAGAUGUGAUUUUAGGUAGUCUUCAUUGUCCCCAGCGAUGAAGACGGGCUGUUGGUGCUGUGUUUCUUCAAGAACGAACGAGACUGUUUCAGGGUGUUGAGUUUCUCAGUUCUGAUUCAAAAUGUGUGUCCAAGAGUCUUUUUUUCCUUUAUUUUUUCUUUCAAAUUGGUUAGGGCUUGGGCCUUUUUUCUGAGGAGGGUUCAAGAUGAUACAAAGUUUCAACGUUAAUGUGUCGAAAUAUCAACCAAAAGGGUCUUUAUUAUCCUAUAAUGACACUCUCUUAAAGAUAA